UCAAAGCUAGAGAAAAUCUCUCUCUCUCUCUCUCUUUCUCUUUCUCUCUCUCAAAAUAUUCUCUCUAAAUAUAUAUAUAUACACAGCUACAGUUUUUCUGGAUCAUACUCAGAAGGAAAUUGGGGACGAAAGAUGGCGAGGAUUUCAGUGUUGUUGAUGGGAAUUGUAUUAAUGUGUUGUUGGGCAAGCAUGUCAGAAGCAGAAGAAUAUAUGAAAUAUAAAGAUCCUAGGCAGUCAUUGAAUGUUCGAAUCAAGGACCUGCUGAUUCGGAUGACAUUGGAGGAAAAGAUUGGCCAAAUGGUGCAGAUUGAGAGAAAUGUUUCAUCGCCCGAGGUCAUGAAGAAAUACUUUAUUGGGAGCAUACUGAGUGGUCCUGCCAGUGUUCCAGCCAAAGAGGCAUCUGCUGAGACUUGGGUCGACAUGGUGAAUGAUUUCCAAAAGGGUUCUUUAUCUACUCGUCUUGGGAUCCCAAUGAUUUAUGGGAUUGAUGCCGUUCAUGGCCACAACAAUGUUUAUAAGGCAACCAUAUUUCCCCACAAUGUUGGUCUUGGAUGUACGAGGGACCCUGAACUUGUAAAGCAAAUUGGAGCUGCGACCGCUCUUGAAGUUAGAGCUACAGGCAUUCCAUAUGCCUUUGCACCAUGUGUUGCGGUAUGCAGAGAUCCAAGAUGGGGUCGUUGUUACGAAAGCUACAGUGAAGAUCCCAAGAUUGUUCAAGAAAUGACGGAGAUCAUACCGGGAUUCCAAGGAGAUAUUCCUGCAAAUUCUCAUAAGGGUGUUCCCUUUCUUACUACUGGGAAAACAAAGGUUGCGGCAUGUGCCAAGCACUUUGUGGCGGAUGGUGGUACAACAAACGGGAUCAAUGAGCACAACACUGUAAUAAACGAGCAUGGUUUGUUCAGCACUCACAUGCCACCCUACUUCACCUCUGUUAUUAAGGGAGUGUCCACCGUUAUGAUCUCCUACUCCAGUUGGAAUGGGAAAAAAAUGCACGCCCACCGUGACCUUAUCACUGGCUUCCUCAAGGACACUUUAAAUUUCAAGGGUUUUGUAAUAUCAGAUUGGUUGGGAAUAGAUCGGAUCACUACUCCUCCUCGUGCUAACUACACAUAUUCGGUCGAGGCUUCGGUUAAUGCUGGCAUUGACAUGGUCAUGAUUCCCUACGAGUACAAAGAAUUCAUUGAAGAUCUAACUUUGCUGGUGAAUAAGAAGAUAGUCCCCAUGAGCCGAAUUGAUGAUGCGGUGAGGAGGAUUUUGAGGGUGAAGUUUGUGAUGGGUUUAUUCGAGGACCCAUUGGCUGAUUAUAGCAUGACACACCACCUAGGAAGUCAGGAACAUAGAGAACUGGCAAGGGAGGCAGUGAGAAAAUCUCUGGUGCUGCUGAAAAAUGGUGAAUCUGGUGAUGAGCCAUUGUUACCCCUUCCCAAAAAGGCAUCGAAAAUACUGGUAGCUGGAAGUCAUGCAGACAAUCUUGGUUAUCAGUGUGGGGGGUGGACAAUUGACUGGAAUGGCUUUAGUGGCAAGGGCACAAUUGGUACCACAAUCCUUGAAGCUAUAAAAAACACUGUUGACAAGGAAACCGAAAUUGUAUACGAAGAGAACCCUGAUGCUGAAUUUGUGAAGUCGAACAAAUUCUCCCAUGCCAUUGUUGUAGUGGGAGAGCCCCCAUAUGCAGAGACAGACGGUGACAACUUAGAAUUGACAAUCCCGGACAACGGCCUAAGCGCUAUAAAAAAUGUGUGUGGAGCUAUGAAAUGUGUUGUCGUCCUCAUCUCCGGCCGUCCUGUUGUUAUUGAACCUUAUCUUUCCACAAUGGGAGCCCUUGUAGCUGCUUGGCUUCCGGGAACUGAAGGUCAAGGUGUUGCAGAUGUUUUGUUCGGCGACUAUGGCUUUACCGGCAAGCUUGCGCGGACUUGGUUCAAGACUGUUGAUCAACUCCCAAUGAAUCUUGGGGAUUCAAAUUACGACCCCCUCUUUCGAUUUGGAUUUGGACUCACUACAAAACCUACUACUACUAAAACCAGCUACCAAUCCUACUAAAACCAACUAAAAUUCCUAGUUGUUGUUUUUGGUAAAUCUAAAAUUUCGAGUUGUUUAGUGUUUCUAUUUGUUGUUGCUUAGAAACACUUUGGGUUUUGAUAUGUGAUUAUUUUAUUUUUUUAUUUUUAUUUUUUGUUAGUAUUUACACACACUUGUUUCGUCUGAGACUUGAACCCCUGACUUUCCUUUAAAAAGUAAGAAGCUGAUACUGUUAGGCCACUGACAGAUAUGUGAUUAUUACUACUACUAUGUAAGAAUGGAGUAAUUGGAUAUUAAAUAAUAGUUGCAAUGUUUAGUUUUUGAUUAA